GUUCUCCAGCCGCAACACCGCAGCAAUGGCAGGAAAUGUGCUGCUCGCCGUGCUGUCCGUCGUUGCGCUGCUGACGUCCGCUCAUGGGACGAACCUCUCGCUCAACAAGCAAGUGAAGCGCAACCACCCGGCUUGUUCAUCCCCGUCUGAUCCCUUCGUGAACCCUACCGACUGUACAACGUACUACCAAUGCAUUGGGGAUGGCAUCGUUCUAGUGCGGCCCUGCCCAUCUGGACUCCACUUCAACCGUAAAACCGCCCAGUGCGAUUACCCAGAGAGUGCUAAGUGUGAAGUAUCCUCUUCUUCUGACGGAGCGGGCACAUCAGCCAACAAUGACACACCCAGUGGAUCUUCUUCUUUACCUGAAUGUCCUUACCCUGCUGAUCCAAAUGUUGUUGUCCAUUUUCCCAAUCCUGAGGACUGCAGCAGCUUCUAUAAGUGUGGUCUCGAUGGAGAACCGGUGUUGAUCCCCUGCCCAGCAGGUCUCGAGUGGAAUGACGAAGCAGACGCUUGCGACUACCCCGAAUCUGCUGGCUGCAGCGUAUCUUCUGGUGGCAGUAUCAGUGGAGGCAAGCCAACCGGUAGCUCUAACACUCCUCCACCUGAGUGUCCCUUCCCCGCCGAUCCAGUAAAUGUUGUACAGUUCCCCAACCCUGACAACUGCAGCACCUUCUACAAGUGCAGCCUCGAAGGAGAACCUGUCCUGAUCGCGUGUCCAGAAGGCCUGGAAUACAAUUCUGAGGCUCAGGUGUGUGACUACCCUGCGUCCGCUGGCUGCAGCGUCUCUUCUGGUAAAAGUGGCAGCGCAAGCAAACUAACCAGGUCGAAUACCCCUCCACCUGAAUGCCCCUUCCCCGCCGAUCCAGUAAAUGUUGUACAGUUCCCCAACCCUGACAACUGCAGCACCUUCUACAAGUGCAGCCUCGAAGGAGAACCUGUCCUGAUCGCGUGUCCAGAAGGCCUGGAAUACAAUUCUGAGGCUCAGGUGUGUGACUACCCUGCGUCCGCUGGCUGCAGCGUCUCUUCUGGUAAAAGUGGCAGCGCAAGCAAACUAACCAGGUCGAAUACCCCUCCACCUGAAUGCCCCUUCCCCGCCGAUCCAGUAAAUGUUGUACAGUUCCCCAACCCUGACAACUGCAGCACCUUCUACAAGUGCAGCCUCGAAGGAGAACCUGUCCUGAUCGCGUGUCCAGAAGGCCUGGAAUACAAUUCUGAGGCUCAGGUGUGUGACUACCCUGCGUCCGCUGGCUGCAGCGUCUCUUCUGGUAAAAGUGGCAGCGCAAGCAAACUAACCAGGUCGAAUACCCCUCCACCUGAAUGCCCCUUCCCCGCCGAUCCAGUAAAUGUUGUACAGUUCCCCAACCCUGACAACUGCAGCACCUUCUACAAGUGUAGCCUCGAAGGAGAACCUGUCCUGAUCGCUUGUCCAGAAGGCCUGGAAUACAAUGCUGAGGCUCAGGUGUGUGACUACCCUGCGUCUGCUGGCUGCAGCGUCUCUUCUGGUAAAAGUGGCAGCGCAAGCAAACUAACCAGAAGGUCAAAUACGCCUCCACCUGAAUGCCCCUUCCCCGCCGAUCCAGCGAAUGUUGUACAGUUUCCCAACCCUGACAAUUGCAGCACCUUCUAUAAGUGUAGCCUCGAAGGAGAACCUGUCCUGAUCGCCUGUCCAGAAGGCCUGGAAUACAAUGCUGAGGCUCAGGUGUGUGACUACCCUGCGUCCGCUGGCUGCAGCGUCUCUUCUGGUAAAAGUGGCAGCGCAAGCAAACUAACCAGGUCGAAUACCCCUCCACCUAAAUGCCCCUUCCCCGCCGAUCCAGUAAAUGUUGUACAGUUCCCCAACCCUGACAACUGCAGCACCUUCUACAAGUGCAGCCUCGAAGGAGAACCUGUCCUGAUCGCGUGUCCAGAAGGCCUGGAAUACAAUUCUGAGGCUCAAGUGUGUGACUACCCUGCGUCCGCUGGCUGCAGCGUCUCCUCUGGUAACAGUGGCAGCGCAAGCAAACCAGCUGGGACAUCAAACACUCCUCCACCUGAAUGUCCCUUCCCUGCUGAUCCUUAUGUUGUAGUCCAUUUCCCCAACCCCGAUGACUGCAGCUCUUUCUAUAAGUGCGGCCUCGAUGGAGUACCCGUGCUGAUUCCCUGCCCAGAUGGCCUCGAGUGGAAUGACGAAAAAGAUUAUUGUGACUACCCCGAAUCUGCUGGCUGCAGCGUCUCCUCUGGUAACAGUGGCAGCGCAAGCCAACCAGCUGGGACAUCAAACACUCCUCCACCUGAAUGUCCCUUCCCUGCUGACCCUUAUGUUGUAGUCCAUUUCCCCAACCCCGAUGACUGCAGCUCUUUCUAUAAGUGCGGCCUCGAUGGAGUACCCGUGCUGAUUCCCUGCCCAGAUGGCCUCGAGUGGAAUGACGAAAAAGAUUAUUGUGACUACCCCGAAUCUGCUGGCUGCAGCGUCUCCUCUGAUAACAGUGGUAGCGUGGGCAAACCAGCCGGAAACUCGAACACUCCGCCACCUGAAUGUCCCUCUCCUGCCGACCCAGACAAUGUCGUGCAGUUUCCAAACCCUGAUGACUGCAGUACCUUCUACAAGUGCGACCUCGAUGGAAAUGCAGUGCUGCAAGAUUGCCCACCUGGCCUCGAAUACAAUGCUGAAGCUCAGGUGUGCGACUACCGCGACUCUGCUGGCUGCUCUGUCGCCAAAAAAUGAAUCUGUAAAAGCUAUUAUGUUCUGUGAUACCACAUGCUGACUUUUCUUUGGGUACUAUUUUAUGAAUAAAAUAAAUUGUCUGACACA